AUGGCAGAUAAUUCUGCAGGCCAUAGUCCUGGUGGAAAGGAAGAGGAUUUGGUGGCCGAAUCCAGUUUGAGUGGCACAGAAAUGCCAGGGCAGCUCCUUCGCUUUGCCGAGCGCAUCAGCGAUGACAUCCAAAGGUAUUUCGGCAGAAAAAGCAAAGAGGAAGGCUCCGAUGCUUGCAACAUCUAUGAGGACUGCUGUUCCCCGCAAGUAUCCGGGCAGGUCUUGUAUUACACUGACUUGGUCAGGAUUUCUCAAGGCAGGGAGUUGGAGGAAGAAGAAGAAGGACCUUCUGCCUCCCCGAAGCCUCCAGAGCAGGUAGAAGGGAAGCUGCAGAGGUCUUUCUGCAGCAAGGAUGAGGCUGAGAAGUUGGGACCCUUGGCCGAGCUCUUUGAGUAUGGCUUGCGCAGGUGUGCCAAGCAGCCGUUUCCCUCCGGCAACAAGAAAGUGAGACUGAAGUAUGGCCACGUCCCUCCGAUGCACAGCCGAAAGCUGCCUCCAUCAUUUUGGAAGGAGCCGUCUCUCAGCCCCAUAUGCAUGCUCAAUGGCAAUCCUCCAGAUUUUAGUGACCUUCUGGCCAACUGGACCUCCGAAACUUGCCAGGAAGAUCUUAAUGCCAGCCGAGAGCAUACCGGUGAAGGUAACCAACAGGUGACUGACGCGGAUCACUUUGGUGGUCUAUGA